UCCCGGCUGCCAUGACAACGAGUCCGCGCCCAGAGCACGGCUGCCGCUCGGGCGGGACCCAGGCUGGACCGCGGGCCCCGGCCUGGGGGCACAGCUGCUACCGCCGCCGCCACCUCGUCUCCUUCACGUCCCAGCCCCGCCCCGCGUCUCCUCGCCUCCCUCGGGUCCGCGGCCGGGGUCCCUCCCCGCCGCCCCAACCCUGCGCGGAUGCCGAAGGUGAAGGCGCUGCAGUGCGCCCUGGCGCUGGAGAUCCGCUCUGUAACUUGCCCAGGAGUGGUGCUGAAAGACAAGGAGGACAUCUAUCUUAGCAUCUGUGUGUUUGGCCAAUACAAAAAGACACAAUGUGUCCCAGCCAAUUUUCCACUGGUCUUCAAUGCCAGAAUGGUGUUUGAAAAGGUGUUCCCUGAAGCAGUAGACCCUGGAGAUGUGGUUGCACAACUUGAAUAUGAUACAGCAUUGUUUGAGUUGAUUCAGCUAGUUCCACCAGUGGGUGAAACACUGUCUACAUAUGAUGAGAAUACACGAGAUUUCAUGUUCCCGGGUCCAAAUCAAAUUUCUGGACACCAUGACUCAAACCGCCAGGUUACCAUGAGGAGGAUUUCUUGCCUUCGCGGAAUUGCUCCAAAGCUGGAAUUUUCUACAACCUCAGUGAUUACCGAAUGUCUGAUAAGUUCAAGGAAGUGCUGCACUCAGGAUAAAUUUAUUCACCAUACGGCUCCAGUUGAAAAAUCACACGGCAGACUGCAAACCAGAACACCAAGGUCACAAAAGAAAAAAUCCAAGUCACCUGAGAGAAAUAAAUAUUGCAUAAAUGCAAAAAACUACGAACAGCCUACAAUUUCUUCAAAAUCACACUCUCCAUCUCCUUACACAAAAAGACGCAUGUGUGAGCUAUCUGAAGACACUAGGCGGCGGCUGGCGCAUUUAAAUCUGGGCCCCUAUGAAUUCAAAAAAGAAACAGAUAAACCUCCAUUUGUGAUUAGACAUGUUGAUCCCCCAAGUCCCAGGGCUGAUGCUUUAUUUGGAUCUUCUGGCAGAGACUGUGAAAGAGAUGGAUGGUCCAGGCUGCACAAUGAUCAUUCUCAUCUUGGCUGCUACCGACCCAAGGAUUAUAAGGUCAUCAGAACACCUCAUGGGAGAGACUUCGAUGACUCUUUGGAAAGAUGUGAUGACUAUUUGAGUUCAAGGUCAUGUAGCAAGCCCCAGCAUUCAUCCAGGACCUUACUCGUUCAUUCAGCACCCUCUACAAUGCCGAAGCAUUCUCCAAGCCCUGUGUUAAAUCGUGCUUCUCUCAGGGAAAGAUUCCAUUCUGAUUGGUGUUCACCUUCAAACUGCGAUGAGAUCCAUGACCGGGUAAAGAAUGUCUUGAAAUCACAUCAAGCUCAUCAGAGACAUUUAUAUUGUCUUUUGUACUCAUUACAGGAUGAGAGAGACCCAGAGAAAGAAGAUGAACUGGAACUGAAAAGAGGUCUUUUAUAUAGAGACUCUGCCUGUGACAGUGACCCAGAGUAUAGCUCAUGUCAGCAGCCACGUGGCACUCUCCAUUUGGAUGAUGGCGAAUACUGGUCCAACAAGGCAGCCACUUAUAAAGGAAAAUCCCACCGACCCAUCUUUGAGAACAGCAUGGACAAGAUGUACAGGAACUUAUACAAAAAGGCCGGUAGUUCUGUUUCUCGUACACAGGAAAGCUGCUGAGACCAGUGGUGAUAACCUGUAUGAGUGUCCUUGUCAACUUCUCAAUGAAAACGUUUGAUGUGAUCAG